AUACGUAUUACCCUUUAUUCAAAUCUGGGCACUGCUUUGCUAUUUUGAGAGUAUCAAGAAUGCUGCCAACUUACUGAAACUAGCCAAAUGGAGGGUGUAUGUGGCCAUGUACAGUAGCUGACAUAUAUUAUGUAGGAUCUAGGAGGAAGUGAUCGGGUUUUUAACUAAGUGGUGCUUCUGAUAUGUCUUCUUGUUGCUGUGUGGCGGAAAGUGACCCAUCGGACGAUAGAGCAGAGCCUUACAAACUCGGGCCUCAACAUGGACAACCGAAUAUACAAAUGAAUCCGAGCCGACAAUCUUCAAAGGAAAACGAAAGGAUUGCCAUGGAAACCGUUGUCAAGAGUUACACCCCAGAACCCGAACCCAGUGCUAAUUUCGAGACGAGCAAAAUCCUGUAUCGGAAAGAAUUAAAGAGCGGUUUAAGAACGGGAAAAAGAUGGCUGAAGACUAGGUACGCCUUGAUUCCCAGCAAUGCCUGUGCCAAGGAGGUGGUGAAUUUCCUUUUAGAGAAAUGGCGGCUCCCAAAACCCAAUCUCGUAAUCUCGAUCGUGGGAGGCACGAGCAACUUUCACAUGAAUAUCCAGCGUCGUGAAGUCUUCCGUAUCGGGAUCGCCAAAGCCGCAGCUACCACUGGAGCAUGGAUAAUUUCAAGUGGACUCAACUGCGGUAUCGUCAAGACAAUUGGUGAGGCUGUGAAAGACCACGCAGUAGCUGCUGGUCGGGGUCGUAAGAAGGUCGCUGCUAUCGCACUCACAUCGCUCCGAGAGAUCGAUGGCGCACAGUCCCUCAUCGACGGCGCGGAGCACGGGCGGCCCGUGAUAUACGGACAGGGUUCUGAAAGAAUUACACAGCAGGCCAUGCUCGAUCCAAAUCAUCCAUAUGCACUACUCGUAACAGAUCCAAAGAGAGAUUCAUCCACAUCAGCAUCGUCGUCGUCACAGAAUCAUAGACAAGACGCUGACCCGAUGACUAUACGAGAUCAGCAGAGCUCAGAGAUCAGGAUUAGGAGCUUGAUCGAACAUGAGAUCUCAUCACGAAAUAUUACCCUCAGUAGCACCAAUGUACCAACAGUAUGUCUCCUGGUGAAUGGGGGACCUCAUCAGAUACAUGCAGUCCACAAUGCCAUAGAAAAUAAGACCCCUGUCCUAGUCCUUGCAGGGUCCAAGGGCUGUGCUAACGUCAUUGCUAAAGCUUACAGGCAGAAUGACGAUGGAUCAAGUUCUCUACACAACAUCGUGAGACAAGAGUUCGGUAACAACGUCCCGCCGAGCGAGAUGGUCGAACUCCUAAAGAAGGUAAACGAAAUCGUCAAGAGGAAACAUCUGAUUACUAUUUUCGAUCUCGACGGUGUCGAGGGAGUCCCACGGAUCGACAUCGACGAGGCUUUCCUAAAGGCCCUCCUUAGAGGUUCACAAGGUUCGGGAAAGAAAGACCAGCUUCAUAUGGCAGUAGUCUGGAGGAGAGUGACAUUGGCACAGAAUCAGCUUCUAUCGCAAUACAAGUGGAAAUCGUCAGAACUAUUUGAGGCACUCCGCAUUGCGUUGGUUAACGACCAGACAGACUUUAUACGUCUCUUUCUCGAUAUCAACGUCAAGCUCGAAGACUAUCUCCACGCCGGUGAACUCCGACGACUUUACAAUGAGGUCCAUGAGGAUACAUUACUCUACAAAUUGCUUUUAAAACACAGAGGUCGGAAUAACAAAAUGCCGGUAGAUCUGUGUGAUGUUGGCCAUGUCAUCAAGAGUCUUACAACACAUGCUUACGAACCCCUUUAUUUAUCAGACUCUCAACCCACUCUGAAUCCUUGCCGGGAGCUGUUCUUGUGGGCAGUGUUGCAGGACCGGCAGGAGACUGCUCGGUUGUUCUGGGAGGAAGGCAAGGCGUGGAUUGGUGGAGCUCUGGUAGCCAGUCGGAUCAUGAGAGCCAUGCAGAGGUUGGAGACAGAGCCACAGCGGCUGGCCAACCUCGAGGAACAUCAGAGGGAAUACGAGAAACUCGCCGUUGGUGUCUUGGACCACUGCUACAGAGAAGACCGAAGAAGGACUUCACUGCUCCUCAUACGAGAAAUGCCCGAGUGGGGUAACGUGUCGUGUUUAUGUCUAGGGGCAGCAGCGCACGACAAGCAUUUCAUAGCUCACCCCGCUGUCCAGAAUGUUUUGAAUGAUCUUUGGUCAGGAAGAUUAUCAAGGCAGAACAGUCAUUGGCAGUCGUGGCUGGCCACAUUCUUUCCACCCUACGCACUCUGGGGCAUCAGAUUUGUAGAUGAGGAAAAGGACAGGAUAUACAGUGUCACGCUUCAGACUCGUGCAUCAAAGACACGAGCGUGUGGUCAACUGCAGUUUGAUUCCGAUGACGAGGAAGAUGGUCUGAUCGAUAAAAGACGAGAUUCAAUCCUCAGUGACACUGGUAGCAUCACAUUCAAUUCAUCAUCCUUUCGAGCCCAUGUCCCUGCACAGAACUUCACCCUCCUACCGUUUGAUGAGAUGCUCAAACACAAGACAGUGAAUUUGGAAUCGAUUAUGAAUCAUGAGGAGAAAACCAGAGUCCCCUGGACGAAACGGUUACCUCUCUUCUUCAGCGCUCCCGCUAUCAACUUCAGAUACUAUGUGAUGUCGCACAUCGUAUUUCUUGCCCUGUUCAGUUAUGUUCUGCUGGUUGAAUUCAAAGCGGAAGCGACCAUCACUGAGUAUGUUCUUAUUGGUUGGGUCGGGACACUUGCAAUCGAGACCAUCAGACAAAUGAUUUCCAUCGGCGGUUUCUUCGACUGUCGUAAGUUCAUCCAAUCGUGGCUUCUCAACUACUACUACCUCGUUGACGCUGUCUGUGUCAUCAUGUUCGCUGCCGGCACCGUCAUCCGACAUUAUCCCGGCAUGCUCGAUGCCGCCCGCAUCAUCCAUUCCCUGACGCUCGUUACGUUUUAUAUCAGACUUCUCCACAUUUUCUCAGUCAACAAGCACCUCGGACCCAAGCUCAUCAUGAUCAUGAAAAUGAUAAAUGAUCUGUUAGUAUUCAUCUGUAUCUUACUGGUGUUCGUAUUAGCCUAUGGUAUAGCAUGUCAGGCAGUCCUCUUUCCUCAUGUUACUGAUACUAGACAGAUGAUGAAAGGAAUCUUCUAUAGAUCAUACUUCCAGAUUUACGGGGAAUUAUUCCUGGAGGAACUCGAAGGACGCAACGAUUGUUCAAACGAGGACCCACAGAUGGAGCCCUGCCCAGCCAAUAUGUGGUUUGGAACAAGUAUUCUUGCCGUAUAUCUCUUCAUCAGCAAUGUUCUUCUCCUCAAUCUCCUUAUAGCAAUGUUAAACUAUACCUUCGCCUUGGUACAAGAGAACACAGACGUGGUAUGGAAGUUUCAGCGAUACUCUCUCAUCAAAGAUUACUACAAUCGUCCAAUCUUAGCACCUCCAUUCAUCAUCAUCAGUCACAUCUUUAUCUUGUACAGCUUUAUUCUGCGAUGUUGGUGUGGCUGUUGCGACAGGUUUGCACUCUCAAGGAGCCUCAGACGGUUACUUCCCGGAGACUUAAUUGCUGAAAUCACAACAUGGGAAAAGAUACAAGGUGAAGAUUACGUCACAAAGAGAAACAAGAAAAGGAAUCUUGACCUCACCGAUCGAAUGAGUACAACAGAGAUGAAAUUAGAAAGCCUUUCUCGGAAAUCAACAGCAUUUUUCAACAAUCCUGAAAUUGGCACUCAAAUGAAGGAACGAUUAGAUAAUUUAGAAUAUCAGAUGACAGAGAUGAAAGAGCUGCUUCAUCAGACACUGAAGGCAGUAUCAGGGUCAGCAGGGGAAGCUACAAUCAAGGGCCAAACACCAAAGAAAUUGAUUCCUAAAACAUCCACAGAGCGAGGUGAGGUGAAGGAGUCCAAGGCAAGGGAUGAAGUAGAAGAGGAUGUAUCAAACGAAGAGGAGGAAAGGACUCUGGAAGAAUGUAAGGAAGAUGGAGAGGAUGGUAGGCAGAUGGAGGAACAGAGGUUGGAGCAGGAUGAGGAGAAAGAGGAGCAGGAGAGGCUGGAACAGGAGGAGCUGGUGCAGGAAGAUGAAGAAUCCAUUCUGGAUAUUAAUCUUGAGUUGAUCAAUGACAACGAGUAACAUGAUGGGAUGGUGUAAAUCCAAGUACCAGACCUUCGGUGUUAAAGCUACCUAAACAUCAACAGAGCAGGAUGAGGUGAAGGAGUGAAAGGCAAGGGAAGCAGAAGAUAAGACAUCAGGCAAAGUGGAGGAAAUGAAUCAGGAAGAAUGUAAGGAAGAGGGGGAGAAUGGAAGGCAGACAGAGGAGUAGGAUGCAGAGAAAGAGGAGAUAGAGGGGCUGGAACAGGAGGAGCUGGUGCAGGAAGAUGAAGGAAAAGAAGUGAUCGACAAGGAGUAAGAUGAUAAGGUGUAAGAUAAUGGGUUGUUUGGGUAACACCAACAACAGCCAUCUUAACACAUAACAUGGAAUGGAACUGGUCUUGUAAUUGAUAUCAUUUUAGUAGGUUUUAGAACUUAGUUCAAUAGUCUGAUUCACGCUGUUGACACUACCCAAGCAUUGCACUUACUACAUUUAGAUGCCAACCUUGCAAGGCUUGCAUAGGUACAAAGACAUCCUGUAUAUUUUCUAGCAAUUAGGUACAUAGUACUGCCAUUGAUUUAUUCAGGGUGACGUUUCAUAAAGCUGUUCGUAAGUUAUGAGUGGCUUUGAGAAUGACUGGUGAACCCUUCUUACGUGCUAAACCAUCACCAAUUCAAUAUACCAUUGACCACAAGAAAGGAUCACCAGUCAUUCUUAAAGUCACUCUUACCUUACGAACAGCUUUAUGAAACAUGCACCAGGUCCAACAUGGGUUGGCUGUUGGUCAAUCCUGAAAUGGUCAUAAAGCAUAUAUGGGUAAUGCCUUCUACAAUCUUAAGGAUAAAUGAAAUCAUUUGUUGUAAACACUGAUUUCAUGAAUGAAUCUUCCACCGCAAAGAGGGAAUUUACCCAUGUAACUAAGCAUCGUGUAGAAAACAGUAAUCUCUGAAUAUUGACAACUACUUUUGAACUUUUUAACUGGUAUUUAUAAUUGCUACAUCAUGAAUAGUUUUUAGUGAUAAUAGACAGAUGUUACACUUUGCUUGAUGAUAGGUGCAACUAAUCAGAUGGUGCUCUACAACUAAUUUUUACUUGGUUUCAUGAAUUUUAUUUGUAACCAGAGGUAAGGCUAGUAAUAUCAUAAAUGGAGAGAGAAUCAAUGACUGGAUAUGAUAUUGAUGAUUCAAUGAAAAAUAUGGUAUACAAUCUUUAACCACAUCAUUCUAAUUCUAUUAUAUUUAAGCCAAAGUUCAUAAUCAGUUCAGCAGUUGUCACAAUUAUGUGAUGUAAAGAAUUAUUUUAGUAUGAAUUUAGUAUUACUUGUUCUGUAUUUUAUUUGGUAAUCUUUCCCCUUCAAUCUAGGGUCAGUUCCAUAAAAAAUUUACGAUAACAGUUAAAAGCUACUGAAAUCCUUCAAUCUGGUAAAUCAUUCUAUUGUACAUUUGUUGUUCUAACGAAUCAUCAUGAAAUGGGACCCUGUACACAUAUAUGAAGUUGAGUUAGAUUUCUAUGUGAAACAUUCUGUAUAUCUAUUUGUAUAUAUACUUUUACAUAGGUAAAAUCCCCAAAUAGUAAGAAUAUCUUGCCUCAUUUGUUUUUUUAAUUAGCUUACAUAGAUAACUUUUAUUUGUACAUAAUUUAUUUUGUUCUUCCUUCAAAAAUAAAGACUGCUAUAGAAACAUUUUGCGGUUUCUUAUAAGUUAAGCUGUGGUUAAGAGACAGGACUAAAGAGGCUGCUACACAAGCAGCCUUUUGAAGAAGGCGUUGCAAUCAAAUGCAUCUUGGUUUCGAGCCAAUCAUAGUGAAUAUAUAUAGGACUUCCGUUUGGUUUCCUUAUUGGGUUUAAACGCAACUCUUUGUGCAUGACCACUAGAUAUUUUAGCAUACGCUGACUAAAAAUGUCUAACUGUGACAGUUACUAUACCAAGAAUUUUAUUAUUUUCAGUCUUCUAUGUAAUCCUGGGUUAAUCUUUGAUUAUUCAAUAUUUGUGAUAUAGGCAGAAUAUCAAAGAAUAUUCAAUUCAGAUUUUAUAAUCUUGCAUAACCCUCUUCUGUUUUUUAUUUCAGCACAAAAACAAUUGAGACACAAAUUUUAGCAUAGGAUCAUAAUAAUCUAUCCUUGGCGAAUUAGUUGGCUAGAAGCACUUCAUAAACAUUUGGUGCAAGUUUACCUUGGGGUUUACUAAGUCAUUCAUAGUAGAGCACCAACAAUAGGGUAAAAAUAUACAGGCCUGUAUUAUGAACUACUGUUUAGUUUAAACUCUGGGCUAAAUUUGUAAUUUAAACUAUGGAUUGCCACUUGUGGUACAAAUCUCAGCAUUAUCAGGUUCGAUUUAGCAGCUUAAUCACUCACAUUUAGAACUGUCUGGGAAAGGUUAGUAAAAUAGUUUUCUUUACUAAGAAUCAUACAAUGUAAUAAAAAGAAUUGGCAUUUCUGGCUUCCCAUAGUUUGAGCACAGUUAGACCAUGGCCUAAAUUAAACUAGGCCUCAGAAUAAGGGCCACAAAGUUUUAAAAAUGUACACGAUUCUUUCAUACUGCACAUAUCUCUCAUACAUGUAGAAUUUAAUUCCAUGUCUUUCAUUGUAUAAACAACAAAAUUUAUAAAAACAUUAUUCUCUUGUUGGAAUAUGAGACAUAAAGAAAACCUUGUACAUAAGCAGAAAAUACAUUGUGGAAGACUGUUGACAUGUGUGAAAGGCACCUUGGAAUGUGUGAUAUAGUAUUUGAGUACAAUCACAGAUAUACAUAUAUGUGUUGUCUUGGCAGCAAUUGCUCCAUGAUCAACAUUCUUACGACUUAAAUAAAAUGUAUGACAUUUCAUCGGUGGGCUGUUAAAAGCCUUGUAUAUUUAUCAAAUUUUAGAGGAAUGGAGGACGGCUUAGAGUAGACAAAGGAGUAUUUUAGAAUUAUGACAAUGGUGGUGACCCCAUAUUGCUUGAGAAGAGUUUCUGAAAGCCUGAGAGGAACUCUCUCUAGGUAAAAGUAUGUCAUAACUCUGAGUUGUCCUAAAAAUGUCAACAAUUUGGCUACAAGAUUCAGACGGCACACCGACAUUGACACGUAUAACAGGCAAAACAAAAUCCCUCACCUAAAAUGAACUAAUAUGUAUCCUUAUCUAAUUGUUCCUUGAUGAGAUUUGUGCAAUAGCAAAAAAAGGAAAAAAGACAUAAAUAUACAUCCAUUCAUGAUUGCACCUCGGUUAUAUUAUUACAAAGGUUAAGCAACAAAAAAGUACAUGUACCUUGUCCUAAUUGUACCAAGGUAAAACAUUGUCAAAUAAUAAGAUAUUUGUUGCCACAACAUUAUGUUUGAUAAGAAAAGACACUUGCUAUGUUGCUCUACAUGCAUAACUUUUCUUAGGAGUUUUAGUACAACUUGGUAGUAGAAACUAGAAUGGAAACAGGGGCCCAUCUUACAAAGACUUGUGGUGAUCUGAUAAAUUGUAACUCUAUGAAAAUCCAUCAGUGUCAUAAUUUUUUUUACAAGAAAUUUGCAAAAUGCCCUUGGUAAACAAAGGAGAACACACUAAAUUGUCAAGAAAUUGAAGAAUUUAUGAUUAUACAUCAUCCAUCUAGAAAUUUUUUGAACAAACAUGCAUUUUAUAAGUUGACAUUGCUGGUUUUCUAUAGUUACAAUUGAUUGGAUCAAUCGUAACUCUUUGUAAGACGGGGCCCCAGUUGUGAUGAAUACAAAAAGAAAUGAAGGAUAUUCAUCAUGUUCACCAAAGUCUGCUGACAGCAACAGUAUCACAGGUCUAUCUGAAAUUGUAAAGUAUCUCAUUGAUUCUAGAUUCUAUGAUGAAUCAUGUUUUAAUUCCAUGGAAUUUUUCAAAUACAUGUUCAUUGUGGAAACAAUGUUUGAAAAUGUUGGCAUAAAGUAACAUUUUCAAUGUGAUGAAAGUAAAAUUCAUUUAUAUUUCAUAAUAAAAACAUAUGAAUGCACAGAAA